AUCGAUCAUUGAUUGCUCAUUAAAAUCUUGAUUCAAACUACGAUUAUGAUUAAAUGAAAAAUAAUAAUUAUCAUUACAAUGACAAUUAUGAGCGAAGAUCAAGAAUCAUCGAAUUCUUUCAAAGUGCUGAAAAACAAAAUAAUCGAAUCGAUCAUUAAUGAAAGAAAUGCAUUUUUCAUCCAUCAACAAAUAAAUGAUCCUGACCUAUCAUUAAAUGAAAGACGAAUUAUCGUUGAAAAUUUACUCCAUUCAAAUAAAUCUUUAUUUCUACAGCGAUAUGGUCAAUAUCUCGAUGCAAAGGCAUUGACUUUUUUCUCCAAUGACAAUUGUGAAGAGGUUCAAAUUCAGCUAGGAAUUUUACAAGCAAAAAUCAAAUCAAAAAACAAAUUGCUUCGUAAUCGUCGAUUUCAAGCAUUACAGGACUUGCUGAAAGAAGGGACAUAUUUUUCCAAUACUGAAAUUCAAUCACGAAAUCCCUAUUUAUUUGAACAAAUGAUUGGCCGAUAUAUGAAUGAACAGGAGAGAAGAGAAUUUCAAAAUUCCAAUUAUCAUCAAAAUUAUGAUCAAAUAGGUUUCUCAUCUUAUCUUUUAGAAACGGCCCGACAAGUUUAUUUAGAAAAUCGAAUAGUUCAAACAAAAGAAUCGCAAUAUAUCGACGAUUCUUCCGGUGAUGAUUCAGAAGAGAUUAAUGACGAGAAAAAAGAUUCAUUGCGACAAGAAUUUUUAAAGAUUAUGAUUGAGAAUUUUUUGGCUGGCGAAGAUAGAGAAUAUUUCAAUUAUGAAAAAGUGGACAAUAAUGAAGAAUAUGAUUUGUCGCGUGAAUUUGAAUAUGAUCAAGAAGAUCGAUAUUUCGAAGAAUGAACAAUUUACUUGAUUAAAUUUAAUAAUUUUUUGAAUAACUCAACAUUAAACAUUUAAACAUUGGAAGAUCGA